CGGGUCAGGGAUCGCUGCGGGGCCGGUGCCGGUGCCGGUGCCGGGCGGGGAGCAAGAGAACAUGAGUUCGGCAGGAAGGAAAAGAGGAAAGCCCAACAGAGGAGGAGGAAGAGGGAGAGGAGGAGGAGGAAGAGGAGGCAGUGGAAGAGGAGGAGGCAGCGGAAGAGGAGGAGGCAGCAGUGGCCGUUCAAACAAGCCUCAGCUCGGUGGGAAUAGGAAAUGUUCAGCCAAAAUUUGGGACGAUGGAGAUGAUUUUUGUCUCUUUGAGGAACCAAGGCUAGAAUCCAGAUCAAGUGCCCCUGCCAGAAGAGGAGGGCAAAUAAAACAGAGACCCGAAGCAAGAAUGCCUCUGCAGACCAUACACAUGACAUCAGAGAAUCAGAGAAGAGUGAAAGAACUUCUUCAAGAGCUUCAAGGGCAGGAGCUGGCUCCUGAAUCAGAUGUAGCUGGUGAAGAUGAUGACGAACCUGAUUACCUCGAUGAUGAACAGUGCUGGUCAACAGAACAGGAACUUUCUGAAGUGAUACCAAGGUUGUCUGCUGAGCCAGCUGAGCACAGAAUUGUAGAAAAUGAAGUGUCUCCAUUUGCUGUGCACAAACUCUCCAGGUAUGGUUUUGACUGUGAGCGUUGUAGGACAGUGCUGAGAUCCUGCAAUGGUAAUAUUGGGGCAUCGUUGGAGUAUUUGCUAUUGCAGUGCUUUACCGAAAGAUAUGGAGAGAAGAUGCAGGUUUCUGCAGCAGCUGCUGAAGCCAGUCAAGAAGAAUGUUUAGAACAGAGACAAGAAGAAGCUUUUGCCCUCCGGUCAAUCUAUGGAGAGAAAUUUGUCGAAAGAAUUAAAAAUCACGUUUGGACUUUUAGUUUGGAAUUGGAGUACCUAGCAAACAGACUCAGCAAAUCUAAGCAAAAGGGUGGUUGUACUAGGGACACAGCAAAACAGACUUCAAAGGAAAUAUGUAAAUUUUAUCUCCAAGGAGGCUGCAGGUUUGGUUCAAAAUGCAGAUUUGCACAUGAAUUCCCUCCAAACCAUCCACUAAAACCAUCCAAGAACUCUGUAGACGAUGCUCAUCUCAGGCAUAAUGAUGGUCCCAUAUAUGAACUUGAAGUAAGAUUUCCUGAAGACAACAAAUAUCCACUUCAAGCACCUCUUGUGGCAUUUUAUUCCACUGAUGAGAAUCUGCCUCUUGCUUGUCGUUUACACAUUGCUGAAUUCCUCUUUGGAAAGGCCUUGGUAGCUGCAGAGUCUCAUGAACCAGUUGUAUAUACCUUAGUGACUUGCUUAGAAGAUGAACAUGAAAUAAGUGAGUUACUUGGCAAUACUCAGCACAAGUACAGUGUUCCUCCUGUGUCCCUGCUGGCAACACCUCCUGUAAAGCUACAGACAGAGAGUACACCUGGUUCAAAUCAGCUCUCUGAAGCCUCAACAGUGUCAGAGCCUCAAGAAGAGGAGGCAGUGGCAGAAGAGGAGGAGGAGGAGGAGGAGGAGGAAGAGCCUGAACAAGUUGUUGUGGAGAACGAGAGUUACGUGAACCUCAAGAAAAAGCUUUCCAAAAAGUAUGAUGUGCAGGCGAAGUCUCUGUAUAACGAAAAUGUCAAACUCUGCGCGCGGUUUCGGCAGAGAAAGUCUUCUAGGCACUUCCAGUCCAUGCUGUAUGAAAGACAGAAGCUCCCUGCAUGGCAAGAGAGAGAAAACAUUCUGGAUUUGCUGAAGAGCCACCAAGUUCUUGUUGUGAGUGGCAUGACAGGAUGUGGCAAAACCACUCAGAUCCCUCAGUUCAUUUUGGAUGCUUCGUUGCAAGGAUCUCCAGGCGGAGUUGCAAACAUCAUCUGCACUCAGCCUCGCAGGAUCUCUGCCAUUUCUGUGGCUGAACGUGUAGCCAAAGAAAGAACAGAAAGGAUUGGACUCACUGUUGGAUAUCAGAUCCGUCUAGAAAGUGUAAAGUCCUCAGCUACCAGACUCUUGUACUGCACUACUGGUGUGCUGUUGAGAAGGCUGGAAGGAGAUCUGACUUUGCAGGGAAUCACACAUGUUAUUGUUGAUGAAGUUCACGAAAGAACAGAAGAAAGUGACUUCUUGCUGCUGGUUUUGAAGGAUAUAAUGGUUCAGAGGCCAGACCUGCGCAUUAUACUCAUGAGUGCCACCCUGAAUGCAGAGCUUUUUUCUCAAUACUUUCACUCCUGUCCAAUUAUUAACAUACCAGGUCGAACAUUUCCUGUGGACCAAUUUUUUCUGGAGGAUGUGAUUGCAAUGACAAGAUAUGUUUUAGAGGACUGUAGUCCCUACAGGCGGAAGGCAAAGCAAGAAAACAAACAGAAUGCGAGACACAAAAGAACUGCAUUUGAAGAAGUAGAGGAGGACCUGAGACGUGCUGGCCUUCUGGAAGGCACAGACACCGUUGUCAGAGAUUCAGACCCAGACCAAAAAUUAACUCUGAAGCAGCUCCUUACACGAUAUAAAGGGGUUAACAAGGCAGUGUUGAAAACAAUGUCUCUCAUGGACUUGGACAAAGUUAAUCUGGAAUUAAUUGAAGCCUUGCUGGAAUGGAUAGUUGCCGGCAGACAUUCAUACCCACCAGGUGCUGUUUUGAUAUUUUUGCCUGGUCUAGCAGAAAUCAAGAUGCUUUAUGAGCAGCUUCAGUCUAAUGCUCUCUUUAAUAACAGACACAGCAAGAGGUGUGUUGUUUAUCCACUUCACUCUUCACUGUCUAGUGAAGAACAGCAAUCUGUGUUCCUCAGGCCUCCUGCAGGGGUUACCAAAAUCAUCAUCUCUACAAACAUUGCAGAAACAUCUGUCACCAUUGAUGAUGUGGUCUAUGUGAUUGAUUCUGGAAAAAUGAAAGAGAAAAGAUAUGACCCAGGCAAAGGAAUGGAAAGUCUGGAAGAUACAUUUGUGUCUAAGGCCAAUGCCCUGCAGAGGAAAGGGCGAGCAGGCCGUGUAGCCUCGGGCGUCUGCUUUCAUCUUUUCAGCAGCCACCACUACAACCAUCAGCUUGUAAAACAACAGUUACCAGAAAUACAAAGAGUGCCCUUGGAGCAGCUCUGUCUGAGAAUUAAGAUCCUGGAGAUGUUUUCUGCACAGAGUCUUCACUCUGUCUUGUCACGACUAAUCGAGCCCCCUAGAACCGAGUCUCUGCAAGCCUCAAAGGUGCGGCUGCAAGCCUUGGGAGCAUUAACUCCUGAUGAAAAGCUCACCCCUCUGGGAUAUCACUUAGCUUCACUGCCUGUCGAUGUCAGGAUUGGGAAGCUGAUGCUGUUUGGCACCAUCUUCCGCUGCCUGGAUCCUGCGCUAACGAUCGCAGCCAGCCUGGCCUUUAAGUCCCCUUUUGUGUCACCAUGGGAUAAAAGGGAAGAAGCAAACAAAAAGAAGUUGGAGUUUGCAGUAGGAAACAGCGACUACCUGGCUCUUCUCCAGGCCUACAAGGGAUGGCGUUUAAGCAUCAAAGAGGGCUCUCAAGCCAGCUACAACUACUGCAGGGAGAACUUCUUGUCGGGAAGAGUUCUUCAGGAAAUUGCCAGUCUGAAGCGGCAGUUUGCAGAGCUGCUUUCUGACAUUGGGUUUGUGAAGGAGGGGUUAAGAGCCAGGGACAUUGAGAAGAAGUGGUCCCAAGGAGGCGAUGGUGUGUUGGAUGCCACAGGAGAAGAGGCAAAUUCGAAUGCAGAGAACAUCAAGCUGAUCUCAGCUAUGUUGUGUGCUGCUCUGUAUCCCAACGUUGUGCAGGUGAAAAAGCCAGAGGGUAAAUACCAGAAGACCAGUACAGGAGCAGUCAAAAUGCAACCAAAAGCAGAAGAGCUGAAGUUUGUUACCAAAAAUGAUGGUUAUGUUCACAUUCAUCCUUCAUCUGUGAAUUAUCAGACCAGGCACUUUGAGAGCCCCUACCUGGUGUACCACGAGAAGAUCAAGACGAGCCGCGUGUUCAUCCGGGACUGCAGCAUGGUGUCCGUGUACCCGCUGGUGCUGCUCGGGGGCGGGCAGGUGCACAUGCAGCUGCAGAAGGGGGAGUUUGUCAUUUCCCUCGAUGACGGGUGGAUACGGUUCGUGGCUGCUUCUCACCAGGUGGCUGAGCUGGUGAAAGAGCUGCGCUGUGAACUAGACCAGCUGCUGCAGGAUAAAAUCAAGAAUCCCAGCAUGGAUCUGUGCAUGUGCCCCCGUGGAUCUCGGAUCAUCGGGAUGAUUGUAAAGCUUGUGACCACACAGUGACAUCAGAACAGCCUUCUCUGAAGCCUGUUACAGGCCAAGUAACAUCCGUGUCUUAUUUGUUGGUCCAAAACAUGGCUUUAAUCUCUGAAAGAACAGGUUGGCAACUGUACUGUUGACGGUUUUUUCUUUUAUUUUCCUCUUUGUUUGCUCGCUUGUUGGAAGGUGGCUUACAGUACACUCUGGGAAAUGGGAAAACAGCAAAUCUCCCAGGAGGAGGAGAAACCUCCAAGUAAGAAAGUGGCUUUUCCUGGCGCUGUACCCAGUAGUGUUUUCUGGUCACAAAAAUACCUGCUAUCCAGCUUUUUAUGUUUCUUUUAAUGUCUGGAGGCAACACAUGACAUAAUAAGCUACUCCCAAAUUGGUUUAAACUCACUUCUACAUUUUGACCACGACUUUACUGAGGCAGUCAGUUUGGGCUGACCAGGGUUCAUUUGCUUAUGGUUCAACCCAAAGCCAUCAUACAAAUGAGCACCUUUUGAUUCACAUCAGGAAGUUCUGAAAUUUAGACAGUGUCUUCUGAUGAGAGACUGCAGUGGAUCAGUUGGAGUGCAGUGUUGGAUCAGUGCAAGCUGUUCUGGUGACGGUAAAAUGCAGGAGACUGUGGACAUUUUCCCUGAAAGGCUGUUCCAGCCUCUCCUCCACAGGGAAGAACUAAAACAACUGUGAAGGGACUGGAUGGAUGACACUGCUAAUUGUUGACCUGCUCUGGUAUGUGGUGGUCCUCCUGCCACCCUCCACAGCUGGAAAAACAUCACACUUUUGGAAACUUUUAUCCAAACUCACACUGCUAGUGUGGCAAAAUGCUGCAGUAAUAACGCACUGUUAUUUCUUCCCCUUAGCAUUGCUGCAGCCAAGCUGCUCAAUGUUCUUCUAGCAACUGCAAAUAAUAGCAAGUGCCUUAAGUGCCAGGACUGGGCUGUCAUCUCUAAUAGUAAAACCAGAGUGAGCAGUCUCUACCACCAGCCCUACCCAGCAGUAACCCUCGGGACGAGGAAGGAGCUGAGGGAGGCACAUUGUUUGGGGAAUAGUUUGAUGUUUUGAAAAAACAGACUUGAGUGUUUGUAGAAGCAGUUUCACACCGACACUCCCGUCCCAGGAGGAAGAUGACAGCAAUGCCAAGACCAACAUCCCUGUGCAGCAGAGUGGCCUCUGCAGCUGAACUGCUGCUGCUGCACUUCAGCCUCAGCCAGCUAAGCAUUCUAAUGGGCCACUCCCUCCUCCACAUCCCAUCUCCAUGACCUGGCAGUGGGAGAGGGGAGUGAAGCAGAUACGAGAAAAUUCAUGGGCUGAGAUACAGUUUAAGAGGUAAAGCUAAAGCUGCACACAAAAGCAAAGCAAAACAAGGAAUGCAUUCGCUACCUCCUACGGGCAGGCAGGUGUUCCACCAGCUCCAGGAGCACAGCAGGAUCACGCCCAACAGUGACUUGGGAAGACAAGCACUGUCACUCUGGCCAUCUCCUUCCCCCAGCUGUAUAUGGUGAACAUUCCAUAUGGUCUGGAAUAUCCCAUUGGGCAGUUGGGGUCAGCGGUCCCAGCUGUGUCCCCUCCCAUUAGAGGAGUUUUAGUCUACAGGCUUGGGGUGGAGUCAGCUUUGCUUCAGCAGUCCAGAGAGGAAAAAUAGAGAAAAAAAAAGCUACUACCUCCUUUGAGAGCGCCAUUGCAUGGGGCAGUUUCACCACUGAUGCUGCACACUGCAGCAUAAUGACUGUGGCCGCAGCAAAGUAGUAAGUGUAGCAUCAUCGGGCAGGGAAGUCACCCUCCCCCCAAAGCCCCAGUGCACUGAAAUGUACAGACAUGGGGGAGAGGAGGGGUAAGAGAGAGGAAGAGUAUUUAUUAAGUCAUAUGUAUAGAGGCCCAUUAUCAUUCUUCUAAUUGGUGGACAGCUUACAAAGCAACAAUGAUUAAAGUUCAUCCAAAGCCCUGGGGCUGGGUGUCCAUGCACAGGGCUCCACUGCACAGCAGGGUAUCCACGCACUGCUGCCCAAACAGAAGCCACAAAGAUUGACUGUUCCUCCCACGCUGGCAAGACACAGCAAUAGGGCAGAACAUAGUAAAAGACUUUCAAGGCAAAGUUAUCUGGCACUCAGAUUUCCUCACUACUCUGAUAAUAGCCAUUAUCAGAUGCAAAGAUAAAUCACAUUAGAAAAUAUCCUGCCUUUGUUUAGCAUACUUCUGUUAAAUCUCUCAGUAACCUAUCCUUGGCCAGAUGGGGACUAUCCAUAUUCAGGCAGCUACAGUCUGGUUUCCUAAAGCAACCCCUGAUCAGGACAGAAUACCCCUUCACUGCCAAAAAUGUAACCAGGCAGAGCAGGUCAGAAAGGUGUAGCACAAGUUCUUGAUUCCCCAAAUAUACUGCUACUUAAACAUGGCCUGCAUGUUCUGCUUAUGACAUGUCAACUGUAAGAAAAACCUUAAAUUCCCUAAAAACAGGAUCUAAAUGCAUUACCUUCUGCAUCAGAACUGCCACUUUAGGUAUCACAAAGAAGCAGCACUAUUUGAAUAACCAGGACAUAAAAAAAAGAUUUCUAAAAAUAUUUAUUUCAACAGUUUACAUUCCAGAACUAUUUCAAAUACCUUCAGGUGACAACCAUCAGGACAGACCAACCAGCAUUCACACGUUCCUUGGUUUUUCCAAUCUGUUAAUGUUCUUCACAGACAUUUCUGUAAGUCAAAUUACUCAGCAUGUUAACACCCCCACACAGGUUUUCUGCUUCACCGAGCUCUGAGGUGGUACAAGAAAUACCACAAGGAUCCAGAUCAACCAGCAGGAAUGACAGCUCGUACUGGUAACUCUAAACUGGUGCCAGGCAGGGAUGAAGGCACACACCUGCAGCACGGCCACUGCACCACACCCCACUCACAAGUGACUGUCACUUCCUGCCUUCUACUUUUCACCUCACGGGCACCCCGACCCGCUUCCCCAGCCACAUACGAACAGAAACAGCAGGGUUACCACAGUCUAUUUCUUAGUUAGAAAUGCACAGUUUAUUUCAAUGCAACAAUAAAAAAAACCAAAAAAAAAACCAAAAAAAAAACCAGCCCAACAUUUCCAGAUCACAUAACAUGAACAUAACAGGAGUUUUGUAUUAGUCUGCUAGUAAGAUUUUUUAAAAGAUAUAUUUUUCAUGCCAAUUGUUAGUCAACAGAAACAGCCUUCUAGGACUAAGCCCUUACAUCACAAAAUCCCUUACAAUGUAAACAAAAUAAAUUUUUUCUUAAACUUCUGAAAUUUGAAUCCAUUCUGUCAGGACUUUCAUUCCUUCAAGGGCUUCCUGAUGGUGAGUGACUGAAAGAGAACGAAAAAGAUUAAAAACCACUCCUACAGCAAAACCAACAAGAACCUUCCAUGCUACCUCAGGCUUCUGCUGCUCUGUCCCAGCUCUGUUUUCAUUUACAGUUCACAAAUAACGAGGGAAGUGUUGUAUUUUGCAUUUUUUGUAUAAAAAACUGCUUUAAGCUUAUGAGAUCAGCUGCAGGUGAGACUGCUCAGAAAUCUCAACUCCAGCACAUACUUCUCUGGUUACACAGAAAAACUUACUUCGUGGUGCAUUGCACAACUUGGCAGCUGUGCAGUUGAGCCAGCAGGAGUCACCAGCAGGAAUUUAAUCCUACAACGUGUUUCAUGGUUUGCUCCACACCUUGCAUUACUCACUUCUUCCCCAGAUUCUAAAUUCCUCAAGAACUUAGGGAUACUUGAUUCUCAUUUGCCCACACUUUCUGUUGUCCUUUAACAUUGCAUUGAAGUAGAUUCCCUUAAAAUUAUUAUCAUGACAUCCUGACUACCAGCAGCAGGAAGUGCCCGUAACAAUUCAUUUUGCAUAGUUCACACGUUUAGAAAAGUAAAAAAAACUAAGCUUUUAUCCUUGCCCAAGUUAACUUCCAUAGGAACCACUCCAACUUUAGUGCUAUUUAACCAUCUGGCACUCAAGUUUUCAAGAUAUUCCUACCUUCUCUUUGGAGAUGGAGAUCUGGACUUUGAGCGACUGUUAAAAAACAAACAGACAAAACAAUUACCACUGUACACUCAGACAGUCUCUGUAACCACUUCUGACCAUUUAAACCCAGAACAGUUUGGUGUUUUUUAAAUGCAUUAAGACAUCAUUCACACUGCCAACAGCAAGUGUACCCAAUUACUUUAAGCAAGAAGCUGCAGGCGAAAAGGAAAAAUGCUGAAAACUGGAGCCCUUGGGAAAAGAGCUUCAAACCAGCUACAAAGUCAUCACGGUAACCCUGCAAAGCAGGAACAAUGAAUUGACGAGUUAGGAAGAGGGAGAACAAUAGUCAGUUGAGAACAAAGGUAGGAAAAGAUAUGCUCCAAAUCCUGUCACAAAUACAAUGUUUGUCACAAUGUUGAGUGAAACAAAAACCUGUAAGCACACUCAUUCUGAAUUGCCUACUGUCCCACAAAAUCAUCUAUUUAAAAAAUACAUUAUAAUAAUAUAUGAAAAACGUUUUUGAAAUCAGCUAUUAAAAGAACAACAAAAAACCACAACACAACAGAAAACCCUCUUCCGCAUGCAACUGAAAUAUUGCUCCAAACAGAUUUUGAACCAUGAGGAAAAAAAACACAAAACAAAAAAACACA